GACCAUUUUCAUGUUUUAAAAGACUUAAAAGGCAUAAUAAUUUCAGAAUAUAAUCAUGAAAGAAUUUGGGUUAUGUUCAAAACGAAAAUUCUUAUCAAAGAGUACGUAUUGGUUGUCCGCGCGGACUUCCAUCCGCGAUUUGGCAACAGCAAAUUUCAAACAAAGAAUGUGGCGCAAAUUUUAGAUGAAAGUUUGACCUAGAGUAAAGUGUUUCAAUAGAAUUUCUUCAAUUUUAAUAUUAUUGAAGAAACAGAUUUUCAUUCUGAAUUGUGUUUCACCCCCAUGUUUCUUGUGUGUGGAGUCGAAGGAUAAUCUGAACGUUUUUUCGAAGUGAAAUUUUGGUUUACAGCAUGACAGGCAGCAAAGGAAUUAUCAGGAAUCUUCUGAAGCAAGAUAUUUCUUCAGUCCUUGAUGAUAUUCAGGUUCUCCUGAACUCUUCACCUGCUGGAACUGUUUCAUGUACAGUAGUUUGUGAAAUACUUAGAGCAAUUUACCAGUUUCUGUCAACAUGUAAAAAAUUAAAAAAAGAAGAUGGUCAUCAAUCCAUUUUCAAAUUGAUUCCAAGUAUCAAUCUGUGCAUAGACUUUGCAACACAUAACUUUGGUUAUCAAGAAUUGAUAGAUGGUCAGUUUUUUUCCAUUCUCUAUCAUUUGACCCAGAAUUUUCUCAAUUUUGAUUUGCACCUCCCAGCCUUGUUCUGUGCUGAAAGCUUGAAAUCACUUUUCACUGCCUCUGCAGACUGUUAUGAUGUUAAAAAUAUGUAUGUAAAAGGCAUGUAUGUGCUUUUCUGGAAUAAAGCACUGGAAAUGGAGGAUAAUUUAAAAGACUAUGAUGUAGGUUUUAAAUUACGAUGCAAAGCUGUUGAAUUCCUCCUUCUCGAGGAAGACUGCUUUAGUGCCAUCAAAGACAAAACUUCCCUCAUUCUUAUGAGAUAUUGUCAUAAAAAUGAAAAGAGUGAUCCUGCUGAAAUUACAAAAUUUUUACAAAGUAUAUGGUCAAAAAUUUGCAAUAGAAAGUCUGAUUCUGAACACCAAUUAAAACUCUGUAAAGUUAUUUAUUCUUGGUUAGAGGCUUUACUGAAGUAUUCCAAAAUAUCAUUUUGUUUUUCUCAAAACUUUUUGCUUUGGUUUUCAGAGAUACCUAAAUUGAAUCAAGAUAAAAAUGAAAAAGUGAAAUUUCUGAAAACUUGCACUGAAAUUUCUAAAAUGAGUAUUCACCUCUUUUUGUUAAAAGAAAAUACUCCAAUAUCCAGUCAAAUACUUUUUGUCUGUGAAAAACUGCUGAAAUUAUGCAACGAUGGUGAUUAUGAAAAUGAACUGUUAGAUCAUACACUUUAUUUAUUUUAUCUCACUUUUCUAAAAGGUUUAUCCAAUUUAAAACCAACUGAUGACUUUUGCUUAUCUUUUUCCAAAGCCAAUAUAACUUUUUGCUCUGUGUUAGUGCGGCAUUAUUUCACAGUUUCAUCAGAUACUCAGAUGAAGAAAUUUACUCCAUUUGAUUUGGCUUAUGAAAUUAAUCUGUUGCAUUGUUUCAUUUCAUUCAUAUUGUUUCUUCUUGGAACCAAUCAAGGGCAUAAAAUUGAUGCCGAUGGAUUGCAUAAAACGGAUGAAAAGAUUUCGGCAAUUGCUAAUGCCCCUACGCCGAAAGGCGUCCAAGACAUCAAAAGCUUUUUGGGAUUAGUGAAUUUUUAUGCCAAAUUUUGCCCUAAUCUGGCAACUUUGGCACAUCCCUUAAAUAAUUUAACAAAAAAAGAUGUUAAAUGGAGUUGGUCAAAAAACUGCCAAAUCGCUUUUGAAAAAAUAAAAAAGGAAAUUUGUUCAGACAGAGUUUUAAUGCAUUACGAUCCCACAUUACCGUUAAUGCUAGCUACUGAUGCAUCUCCGGGGAGACGCUUUUCUCUGGUGACAGAUCAUAAACCUUUAGUGGCUAUUUUCAAAUCGAAAAGAGGACUUCCUAUCCUCACAGCCACCCGACUUUUACAUUAUGCACUGAUAUUGCAGGCAUAUCAGUUUGAUAUUGUGUAUCGAAAUACCAAGGAACACGGUAAUGCUGACUGCCUGUCGCGCCUGCCUCUUAAGUCCGAAGAUUUAAGCAUUAAGGAUGAUGUUGAAAUAUUCCAACUCUCCCAAAUUGAAACUCUUCCGGUAACAGCUAGGGAGAUAGCUCGGGAAACGCGAGCUGAUGAAGAAUUAAAUAGUCUUUAUAUGAAAUUAAAAUCUGGAGAAAGUUUGGAAGGUAGGGAAGCAGAGUACACCUUACAAGAUGACUGUAUAAUGAGUGGUCAGAGGGUAGUUGUUCCGAAAAAACUCCGAGUUAAAAUUCUCGAAGAGUUACACCAAGGACAUUUAGGAAUCGUUAAAAUGAAGGCAAUCGCCAGAUCCUACGUCUUUUGGAAGGGAAUUGAUCAUGAUAUUGAAGAAGUUUCUAGGAACUGUGUCGAUUGUAUUAAGUUCAAAUCAGAUCCAGUAAGGGCAAGGGUCCAUCACUGGGAAUAUCCAAGUGCGCCUUGGGAACGCAUUCACGUAGAUUUUGCAGGCCCUAUUUUUGAACGAAUGUUCUUGAUUAUCAUUGACGCACAUUCUAAAUGGCUAGAAGUGUAUACCUUAAAGUCAACAAAUUCCUUUCAGACAAUUGAAUGUUUGAGAGACUGUUUUGCAAGAUACGGACUGCCUUUAGUAGUAGUGAGUGACAAUGGUCCUCAGUUUCACAUCGGGGGAAUUUGA